GUUUUAAUAGCUUGCUAUCACGACAGGACUGUUAAUGGAUAGCGGAAUCAUCGCUUAUGUUAUCCUGCUCCGAGAAGCUGAUAUGGAGUCGCUUUAUUAUAUUUAAGACACUGCUGGACUCUUGAUUAAUAAUACUGGAUUAUCAAUCAACCUUGACCGUUGGACAAGGGAGGAUUUAAUCAGAAGCGAUUGUUAUUGCGUAGCAUUUUAGUAACUUGGAUAGUUAGCAUCUCUAAGCUGCAAGUCUAGAGCCAUGUCGCUAAAUUGCUAAAGGACACAUUUCAUAUCUAACGUUACCCACCAAAAUGCCGUUUUUCUUCCUUUAACCGAUAAGCUUGGAUUCAUCUGCACUAAAGCCGAAAAUAAACUGCCCAGACUACUUUAACUGUCGGAUGCUUUUUGACGCAGUAAUAGUUAGUAAAUAAGUUAGCAUUGCUAGCAUAGUAGUGCAGCCGCUGUUCAAAUAGAAACUUCCGUCUUGCACUACGAAAGUCCGUUAUCGUAUGUUUUUGGGGCUGUAAACCCGAAGCGAGUCUUCCUCGUGUUUUAUUUGCAAGUAUCAGGCUUGAAUGUGAACUAGCGUGAGAUGCGGUGGUAAAGAAGAGUUCGAUGCCGUGUGUGCUGGAGGAUGAUGCGGAUGAGCUGGAUGGUCACAGUCAUUAACAGAAGAAUGAUGAAGAUCCUGAUCGCCCUCGCUCUCAUUGCGUACAUCGCCUCUGUCUGGGGAACAUACGCAAAUAUGAGGUCUAUACAGGAACACGGAGAAAUGAAGAUUGAGCAGAGGAUAGAUGAGGCAGUGGGACCUCUCAGGGAGAAGAUACGGGAACUCGAGCUUAGUUUUACCCAGAAGUACCCACCAGUGAAAUUCUUAUCCGAGAAGGACCGAAAGAGGAUUUUGAUCACCGGUGGGGCAGGAUUCGUGGGCUCCCACCUCACCGAUAAGCUGAUGAUGGAUGGUCAUGAGGUGACUGUGGUGGAUAAUUUCUUCACCGGUCGCAAGCGCAAUGUAGAGCACUGGAUUGGCCAUGAGAACUUCGAGCUCAUCAACCAUGAUGUGGUGGAGCCGCUCUAUAUUGAAGUUGACCAGAUAUAUCAUUUGGCCUCGCCUGCAUCGCCACCGAACUACAUGUACAAUCCGAUCAAGACACUAAAAACAAAUACUAUUGGUACUCUCAACAUGCUAGGAUUGGCCAAGCGGGUUGGAGCGCGCCUGCUUCUUGCCUCCACGUCAGAAGUGUACGGAGACCCAGAGGUGCACCCCCAAAAUGAGGACUACUGGGGUCACGUGAAUCCAAUUGGUCCCCGGGCCUGUUAUGAUGAAGGAAAGCGUGUUGCUGAGACUAUGUGUUAUGCCUACAUGAAACAGGAAGGAGUGGAGGUGCGAGUGGCUCGCAUCUUCAACACCUUCGGGUCUCGCAUGCACAUGAACGACGGGCGAGUGGUCAGCAAUUUCAUCCUGCAGGCUUUGCAAGGAGAGGCACUGACGGUCUACGGUUCAGGGUCUCAAACAAGAGCUUUCCAAUAUGUGAGUGACCUGGUGAAUGGACUGGUGUCUCUGAUGAACAGUAACAUCAGUAGCCCUGUUAACCUGGGAAAUCCAGAGGAACACACCAUCUUGGAGUUUGCGCAGCUCAUCAAGAGUCUAGUUGCGAGCCGCAGUCAUAUUCAGUUCCUUCCAGAAGCGCAGGAUGAUCCACAGAGGAGACGGCCCGACAUCCGCAAGGCCAAACUGCUGCUGGGCUGGGAACCUGUGGUCCCACUGGAGGAAGGCUUGAACAAAACCAUCCAGUACUUCAGCCGAGAGCUGGAGCAUCAAGCCAACAAUCAGUACAUCCCCAAACCCAAAGCUGCCCGCAUGAAGAAAGGAAGACCCAGACACAACUGAAGACACGGCUUCAUCUCAGGGAUGCUGGGAUAUGGAGGACUUCAGACAUCCGGCAGCCACUUUACCAACUCCCACUAACAGAUGCGUCGUUUUGGCAGAGAGGGGAUAAGAGAAGUUUUUCUGAUGUUUUUCAGUCGUAUGUGCCUCAAAAUGAUCCAAUUUACAGACUUUGCCUUGCACUUUGGUUUGUGAGUCGUCUGUCUGUCUGUGUGUGUGUCUGUUAUUUAAAGCAAGCUUAGGUCUUCAUGUGCGUUAUGUUUACAUUCUGUGCUGUUUUAAUUGAUGUGAUCAGUUUUUUUUUCUAGGAUUAUCAUUGAAGCUAAAGGUGUUUUCGUUUUUUUUAAGGACACCUGUUGAAAAUCAGAAGAUUGAGAAUUAUUUAAAGUGUGUUUUGGUGCCAGGAAGUCUCAGUUCUGAGGACACGGAUGAAAGAUAAGCUUUGAAAAAUGUUUCUUUCUGCUUUAAUCUUUGUGACAAUUUCGAGCGAAAAUCUGUUGUUACCUUUGUGAAACUUCAUACAGAUCUUAUAAUGGAUUUCAGGUGAAAAGAAUAUUUUAAUAAAAUAUUUACUGUGAGUUUUUACUGUA